ACGAUGUGGAGUAAAAAGUCCUCAAAAGAUCCUGACAAGAGGAUAGGACGAGCGCGGGUGUUUCAGACUCGGCGGUGGCCAAAGGAAUCCCAGCCAGCAACCGAAUGUCGCAUCGGAACCUCACGGAACUUUUCCAUAUGCUGCGGAACAAUGCGGUUCACAGUCGGAAUGUGGGAUACGAAAAUCAUUCAGAUAACGAAACCCUCCUGGAUGAUCCGGGAAAAGCGAACGAUCAACCACGAUGGAUCGGGAAGUAUGAUGAGGCCAACUAUUUGCUGUUCAAAAUACAGGAGCGCGUGGAUGAGGUCAAACGGCUGAAAUCCGCUGAAGUAAGGUCCGUGUUGAGUGACGAUAGCGGCCAGAAUCGUACUACGGUAGAAAGUUGUUUGGGGGAAGUAAAAUCGCUCAUUUUUACAUGCCAUGAAAAUGUGAACUCGCUAGCAAAGGCGGCAACUGAUUCGGAGAAGAUGCUGUUGCGAAACAUACAGAAGCACUUUCUCUUCAUGCUUCAGGGGUUAACAGAGCAACUUCGGCAGUUGCAGGCGAACAAGCAGUUGCAACGGUCCUUGGCCACUAGCGAACAGGAUCAGAAGCUGACGGAAAUCAAUUUGAUUGGGCAGCAGAAACAUUCUCCCGUUACGAAAACCCUGCGCUCCCGCAAUUCCGUCGAUACAUUUGAUAACUUCCUGGAGCUGCAUACGGGUGAUGGUCCGGAUGGCGACAAUCAGCAGCUGUUGGAUGACUACUUCCAGUUGCCCGCAACCGGUCUCACGAUAAACCAGAAACAAAUCAUGUUGCUGCAGGCGGAUAACUCUAAGAUGCUGAAGAGCAGGGAGGAUGAGGUGAUCCGAAUGACACAUUCGAUCACUGAUUUGAACGUCAUCUUCAAGGACAUCUCUCAGCUAAUACAGGAGCAGGGUACUGUGCUCGACCGAAUUGACUACAACAUCGAAUCGGCUCAGGUACACGUGAGCGAUGGAUUGCGGCAAUUGAAAAAAACGGAAUCGUACCAGCGCAAGAAUCGUAAGCUCCACUGUAUAACUCUUUUGGCACUAAUGAUUAUGUUUAUGAUCGUACUUAUCAUUUUUACCAAGCUUUAAAGGUUUUUUUUAGGAAUUCUAGGUUUCCAGGGUGUCUCGACGGUAUAAAUUAAGUUCAACUAACCUUUUCCGAUCAUGCAGAGCAUAUUUUAAAGUGUAGGCUAAUAACUUUAACUUAAAUCAUUAUUUUUUGUCUAUCUAUAUAUGAUAAUUUUUACCAAGCUUUAAAGGUUUUUUUUUUAGGAAUUUUAGGUUUCCAGGGUGUCUCAACGGUAUAAAUAGACUUCAACUAAACUUUUUUAAUCAUAAAGAGCAUAUUUUAAAGUGUAAGCUUAUAACUUUAACUUAUAUCAUUAAUUUUUGUCUAUAUAUAUACGGUCACGAUCAUGUUUAUCACGGCAGUCAACAUAAUAAAAUAGUUUAAAAGCG